GGUUUUUUUUUCAACAUCAAAACUUAAUACAGCAUAUGAAACGUCAAGAAGACGUUGCUCUCCAAUCGUUCGCUGGUCCGGACUUGGUCACUGCAACUAAACGGCGCAGUGAUUCAAUUUCCAGUCAGGCCAGUAAAUACAGUGACAUCUCAAAACUACAAUGGUAAACUAGGUUAUUUCCUUUUUUUGUGCUUACACACGUUAUAUGAAGGUGAGGGUCAGCAAAGAUGAAGCAUUGGAGCAUCAGAAGGCCAUCAUGGCGCUCACACAACCCGUCUCGAAUACAAAGAUGUAUGAGCUGCUCUUUGUUGACUCUAACAAAUUGAAUGAAAUAUUGGAAAAAAGAUUUGACCCUUUGAUGAACACACUACGUCAGAUAAAAACUUGGGUCAAUAAGUCGAAUACUUGGGACAACGUCGUGUGUCCGGACAGGCAGGAGUCCCCAGUUGAAGGCCGAUAUGUAUGGGCCCUUAAAGACAAAUACUUGGAAGUGGAUGCUAUGAACGACCUUACCAAAUACCAAAUGCACCUUCGCAGCCAUCCCAUGAUCAACAUCGGCUACGCACGGAAGCCGCCGACUAACGAACGGUUUGACAAGGCUACAAGACCGAUGCCUCUGCACCAAGGUGUACAUUUCCCCCAGCUCCAAUUCAGACGAAUCACUGAUGGUUCGCGACCAAACCAAGGACAACAACAAUUACGUGGAUUCGAUAACUGGUUGUAUGGAGGAUAUGAAAGCCUUACGAACGGUGCUCAACAAGAAAUUCAAGCCAGUGAGACUAGCGAUGAUCGACUAUGCAGAGUUGAAUAUUGAACCCAGUGAUAUACGAAACUAAUUUAGACAAUAUUCCUAAAUCCAGGGAUUGAUUAUAGACCAUGGGUUAGCUUUUGAGCUGUUCAUUAAUGCUGAUUUUUUUGAAAAUGAAGAUACAAUCAGCUUUUUACAAAAGCUGUUCAUACUAUAAUAUACUUUAGGACUAGCUGGGGAAUAGCU